AAAACAAAAAAAACCUGUUGGAUUAGACGCAAAUGUCCAAAAGGAGUGGUUGUAUUCGGAUUCUACUCCAAUUAAUCACUCUCUCUCUCUCAAGUGAGAAGACAGUAUAAUGGAGUAAUAGAUUGCUGACGGCACAGUACGGGAGCAAAAGGGAUUUGUGUUUUCCAGAGUUUUUGGUUCAUAAUUCCCGCUUCCCACAACGAUUGUGUUUUUGGGUUUUUCAUUUCUCCCGAUUCUAUAUGCACAAAAUACCCUUUUUUGGGUCUUCGACGGAUCGGAGGGUGAGUUGUUACAGGAUACCGAUUUCGCCAUUUGGACGAGAAAAUCUACUCGGUGAGUUCUUUUAUCCGUCUCUUUUCUUUAACCUCUUUUAAUUAAUCUGAGUCCCUUGGGAGUACGUGGUUUGGGACCUUUGGGGGUUGAAUUUUCAAUGAAACUGGUCUGAAGUUAUGCUUAUUUUAAAGCUUAUGGACUAGUGGAAAUCAUAGAUCCGCUGGCGGAGGAGAUGGAGAGAUAUAGAAGGUUUUGGCCGUCUAAAAAUAUUCGUGGUCCAAGGUUUUAAGUACGUCAACUAUUGGUUAAAGUAGACAAAUCCUCUGGUUCUCUACUCUCACUCACAGCUGUAGCAUAUCCAACAGCCAUGGCCAAAGCUUCAAGAUUUAUGAUUAUCACCUUCAUCUUCACUCUGCUACUUAAUUCAACUCACCAGUACCACCCACUAGACCCUCUCACUCCAUCAGAGCUCUAUCAAAUCAAGACCAUAGUCAAAGGGUCCAACCUCAGCCCUGGACAUAACUUGACCUUUCACUAUGUUGGCUUAGAUGAACCAGACAAACCAACCAUCCUAUCAUGGCUAUCAGACAAAACCAGAGAAAACCUAUCUCGUAGAGCCUUUGUCAUCGCCCGUGCCAAUCAAGAAACUCAUGAAAUAGUUCUGGAUUUAUCGACGAAUUCAAUUAUACUUGAUCAAGUCUAUGGUGGAAAUGGCUACCCGUUGCUCAACUUUGAAGAACAGAUAGCUGCAAACAAGUUGGCAACGACAUAUGCACCGUUUAUAGCCUCAAUUGACAAGAGGGGGCUGAAGGUGGAAGAAGUGGUAUGUGGGAGUUUCACUAUUGGGUGGUAUGGAGAGGAGGAGAGGACCAAUAGGGUUGUAAGAGUUAUGUGUUAUUAUUUGGACGGGACUGUGAAUUUGUACAUGAGACCUAUCGAGGGAAUUACAGUAACCGUUGAUCUUGAUACGAUGGAGAUCGUGAGGUAUCAUGACAGGCUGGUGAUUCCAGUGCCAAAGGCCGAGGGAACGGAUUAUAGAGAAUCAGAGCAGAAGCCACCAUUUGUUCCUUAUGCAAAGGGUAUAACAGUGGUGCAACCAGAAGGUCCAAGUUUCGGCAUUGAUGGAAACACAAUAAGGUGGGCUAAUUGGAUGUUUCAUCUAGGUUUUGACAUGAGAGUAGGUGCAGUAAUAUCCUUAGCAUCAAUCUAUGACCUUGACAAGGAUGAGUAUCGUCAAGUAUUGUACAGAGGAUUUGUAUCAGAGCUCUUUGUGCCAUAUAUGGAUCUAACUGAAGAGUGGUACUAUAGGACCUUUUUUGAUGCAGGCGAAUAUGGGUUCGGCCUAUGUGCAUCGCCACUUGAACCAUUGAGGGAUUGUCCAGCAAAUGCAGUUUUCAUGGAUGGGUACUUCACGGGGCAAGAUGGUACCCCGGGAAUGAUACCGAAUGUAUUUUGUAUUUUUGAACGACAUGCCGGAGAUGUCAUAUGGAGGCAUACCGAAGCUAUGAUUCCAGGGAAAGUGGUAAGAGAGGUUAGACCCGAAGUGAGCCUCGUGGUUAGGAUGGUAUCAACGGCUGGUAACUAUGACUACAUACUUGAUUGGGAAUUCAAGCAAACUGGCACCAUCAAAGUCAUGGUUGGGCUAACUGGGUUGCUAGAAGUGAGGGGAUCAGUAUACACCCACACAGACCAGAUACAUGAGGAAGUCUACGGUACGUUGUUAGCGGAGAACACCCUUGGUGCAUACCAUGAUCACUUCCUCAGCUACCACCUUGAUCUCGACGUGGACGGUGAUGCCAACUCCUUUAUCAAGUCCACACUGCAAACCACAAGGGUGAGUAACAACAGAUCUCCAAGGAAGAGUUAUUGGACUGUUGCGAGUGACACGGCUCAAACAGAAGCGGAUGCAAGGAUUCAGCUUGGCUCGAAGCCAACCGAGUUGUUAGUGGUGAAUCCCAACAAGAAGACCACGGUGGGUAACCCCGUUGGCUAUCGUCUGAUACCUGGGUCCGUGGUGGGCUCCAUUUUAACAGACGAUGACUACGCUGAAAUUCGAGGCUCCUUUGCAAAGCACCAUGUGUGGGUUACACCGUAUAACAAGUCUGAGAAAUGGGCUGGAGGUCUAUAUGCUGAUCAGAGCAGAGGAGAUGACAAUUUAGAAGCUUGGAGCCUCAGGAACAGGGAAAUAGAGAAUAAGGACAUUGUGGUAUGGUACACCUUAGGCUUUCAUCAUGUCCCUUAUCAAGAAGACUUUCCACUCAUGCCAACAAUAAGUAGCGGUUUUGAGCUGCGACCGGCCAAUUUCUUUGAGCACAAUCCUGUUCUCAAAAUAAAGCCUCCUAUAGAUGUCAAGUGGCCAAAUUGCUCCACACCAGUAAUGAUUUGAUCUACUUGAUUUUGCUGUCUUGUGUGCUACACACCAUUAUGUGACCAGAAAGAAUCAGAAAGAAAUGCAAACAAAAACUACUUGUGCUAAUGGCAAAGUGCUAUUUAUGGAAAACUGCGAAGUGGCCAUGAAAAAUUUGAGUGAAAA